AUGGCGCGGCGCGGCUGGCGGCGGGCACCCCUCGGCCGCGGGCUGAGCGGCGGCGGUGCUUCCCGGGCCCGCGCGCUGAUGCGUCCUCUCUGGUUGCUCCUCGCAGUGGGUGUCUUCGGCUGGGCCGGUGCUUCGGACAGCGCUGGCGAAGCGGCGAGAGCCAUGGAUGAGGAGAUCGUGUCCGAAAAGCAAGCCGAGGAGAGCCACCGGCAGGACAGUGCCAACCUGCUCAUCUUCAUCCUGCUGCUCACCCUCACCAUCCUCACAAUCUGGCUCUUCAAGCACCGCCGGGCCCGCUUCCUGCAUGAAACCGGCCUGGCGAUGAUAUACGGUCUCUUGGUGGGACUUGUACUGCGAUAUGGCAUUCAUGUUCCAAGUGAUGUAAAUAAUGUGACCCUGAGCUGUGAAGUGCAGUCAAGUCCAACUACCUUAUUGGUGAAUGUUAGUGGAAAAUUUUAUGAGUAUACGCUGAAAGGAGAGAUCAGCUCACAUGAACUCAAUAAUGUUCAAGAUAAUGAGAUGCUUAGAAAGGUUACUUUUGAUCCAGAAGUAUUUUUCAACAUAUUACUUCCUCCUAUCAUAUUUUAUGCAGGAUAUAGUCUGAAAAGGAGACAUUUCUUUCGAAACCUUGGCUCUAUCCUAGCAUAUGCUUUUCUUGGAACAGCAAUUUCUUGUUUUGUUAUUGGGUCAAUAAUGUAUGGCUGUGUGACACUGAUGAAAGUAACUGGACAGCUUGCAGGAGAUUUUUACUUUACAGAUUGCCUGCUGUUUGGUGCCAUUGUUUCGGCAACUGACCCAGUGACUGUUCUUGCCAUCUUCCAUGAGCUUCAAGUCGAUGUUGAACUCUAUGCGCUUCUUUUUGGUGAAAGUGUCCUCAAUGAUGCUGUUGCCAUAGUGCUUUCUUCCUCCAUAGUGGCCUACCAGCCUGCUGGAGACAACAGUCACACCUUUGAUGUCACAGCCAUGUUCAAGUCUAUCGGGAUCUUCCUUGGGAUCUUUAGCGGAUCUUUUGCGAUGGGCGCUGCUACUGGAGUGGUGACGGCUUUAGUAACAAAGUUCACCAAAUUACGGGAGUUCCAGUUGUUGGAGACCGGCCUCUUCUUCUUGAUGUCCUGGAGCACCUUCCUCUUGGCUGAAGCAUGGGGUUUCACAGGGGUGGUUGCAGUGUUGUUUUGUGGCAUCACACAAGCACACUACACAUACAAUAACUUGUCCACGGAGUCUCAGCAUAGAACUAAACAGUUGUUUGAGCUUCUCAAUUUCUUGGCAGAGAAUUUCAUCUUCUCCUACAUGGGGCUGACACUGUUUACCUUCCAGAACCAUGUCUUUAACCCAACAUUUGUAGUAGGAGCAUUUAUUGCUAUUUUCUUAGGAAGAGCUGCCAAUAUUUACCCGCUGUCCCUCUUACUUAAUUUGGGCAGAAGAAGUAAGAUUGGCUCAAAUUUUCAACACAUGAUGAUGUUUGCUGGGCUUCGUGGUGCCAUGGCGUUCGCCUUGGCCAUUCGCGAUACUGCCACAUACGCCCGGCAGAUGAUGUUCAGCACCACGCUCCUAAUUGUGUUUUUCACCGUGUGGGUAUUCGGCGGUGGUACCACCGCGAUGUUGUCAUGCCUGCAUAUAAGGGUUGGUGUUGAUUCAGAUCAAGAACAUUUGGGUGUUCCUGAAAAUGAAAGAAGAACCACCAAAGCAGAGAGUGCUUGGCUCUUCCGGAUAUGGUACAACUUUGACCAUAACUACCUGAAGCCUCUGCUGACACACAGUGGGCCUCCGCUCACGACCACCUUGCCUGCAUGCUGUGGACCCAUCGCACGAUGCCUCACCAGCCCUCAGGCCUAUGAAAACCAGGAACAGUUGAAAGAUGACGACUCAGAUCUGAUUCUCAAUGAUGGCGACAUCAGUUUGACGUAUGGGGAUUCGACUGUGAACACGGAGUCGGCUGCGUCUAGUGCUCCCAGGAGGUUCAUGGGAAACAACUCUGAAGAUGCACUGGACCGGGAGCUGGCAUUUGGGGACCACGAACUGGUCAUCCGGGGUACACGCCUGGUCCUCCCCAUGGAUGAUUCGGAGCCCCCGUUAAAUUUGAUGGAUAAUACGAGACAAGGGUCAGCCUAAGGUUACUGAUCCUCACUUAGUGAUUUGUAAACUUUGCACAUGUGAUUGUGAAGAAAUCUCUACUACCUACAAAGUCCCAGUGCAUGUCUCGGAAUGUUUCCGCUGUAUAAAUCCUGUUUAUAUGGCAUAGAAAGAUAUCAAUAUCCUGUACAAGGCAGAUUGUGAGCAAACUACACCUUUUUGUUUGUUUCGUUUUGUUUCAUUGGCUGCACUCUGUAGAACGGAUUUGUUUUUAAAAGUUCUUUUCACGGUGAUGUUGUGUAUUCUGUUAGCCUCACAUCCCAGCUGGAAGUAUCAAAAGCGAUGGGUGUCCCCUUUCUUGCAGUACCUGACCCGUAACUGGGGUGCCGCGUUCUCGUGAUGUGAAUUCCUUUU